AUGACGUUAAAAAUCGAGCAAAUACUGUCGCAGCUAAGCGUUGAGGAAAAGAUUAGCCUUCUGGCAGGAAAGUCUACCUGGCGUAGUGCUGAAGUGGAACGGCUUGGUAUUCCUAACAUCAAGGUCUCUGACGGACCAUCAGGUGCUAGGGGAGAGAUAUUUGGUGAAGGAGUUCCAGCAGCCUUCUUGCCAUCUGGUGUGAGUCUGGGUGCAACUUGGGAUGUGGAGCUUCUCAGGCAAAUGGGCGAGCUGCUCGCAGAAGAGACCAAGUCGAAGUCUGCCUCGGUCUUACUUAGUCCCACGAUAUGUUUACAUCGCAAUCCCUUAGGAGGCCGAAACUUCGAAGCCUACAGCGAAGAUCCAUUCUUGACUGGAAGGUUGGGUACAGCACUUGUGAAUGGUUUGCAGUCGAGAGGCGUCGGGGCUACUCCAAAGCAUUUUAUCGCUUCAGGUAACGAUCAAGAGAUCGACAGGUUUCACGGCAACCGCAUCAUCCCAACGCGGGCUCUACGCGAAGUCUACCUCAAACCUUUCCAGAUGGUCGUACGGGAUGCAGAUCCAUGGUGUAUGAUGUCGGCCUACAACAAGCUGAAUGGCCACCAUUGCGAUUCAUCAUACGAAGUAAUCACUGAGAUUGCCCGUCGCGAGUGGGGUUGGGAAGGUGUAUUCAUGAGUGACUGGGGUGGAACAAACUCGAUUGGUCCGUCCAUCAACGCUGGGCUUGACUUGGAGAUGCCGGGCCCCCCUGCCAAGCGUACCCAAAACGAUGUUAUGGCUCUUCUGUCGAAUGGAGAAGUGAGCAUGAAUACCAUCGACGACUCGGUCAGACGUUUGUUGCGGCUUAUAGAAAAGGCUGGCAGGUUCGAAGAUCCCUCCGGCCAUCAAGAGAUCUGUUUGAAUACGCCCGAACAAUCCCUAAAGCUCAGACACGCUGCUAGGUCUGGGAUCGUCAUGUUGAAGAAUGAGAAUCAAGCGCUGCCGCUCCGGCCUUCGGAGAAUAUCACGAAGGUUGCCGUUGUGGGCCCGAAUGCGAAGAGAGUUGUGGCGGGCGGCGGCGGAAGUGCUUACAUCAAGGCACCCUAUUGGACGUCAGUAUUCGACUCUCUGUCCACAAAAUUUGACAACAAAAAGACGACCAUUAUACACGCUGUCGGUGCCAAAGUCAACAGGUACCUCCCAACGGCAUCCUCUCAUAUUUGUCGGGAUCCAGACACCGACCAAGGAGGAGGGGCUGUGGACUGGUUCGUUGGCCAUGAUCAUACUUCGAGGCCAGUGGCAACAACUCACAUUCCUCCAGAAAUCACUGCGGAGGUCAACUUUUGCUAUCGCGUCAGAACGAUUCUCACCCCGAAGACCAGCGGCAUUCACCGUCUUUCUCUUGCGAGUAUCGGAAAAGCAACAUUUUUCAUCAAUGAGGAGGUCGCCACCGAAGCGGGGGAUUUGAACGAGAGCGCCACGCUCUUUUUUACCUAUGGAUCAAAUGAGACGGUGUUUAGCAAAGAGCUUGUUGCGGGUCGCGAGUAUUCUGUUCGCAUAGAAGGCCACUCUCACGACAGACAACUUCACGCCGACCUCAUCCCUCGGAUGAGACCCAUGGAAGACAAAUUUCAAGGAGUUCGUUUCGGCUACGAGGAGCAUGAUGAAACUGAUCUCCCAACAGAGGCAGGCGAUGUCUGCAAUGGAUGCGAUGCAGCGGUUGUAGUAGUUGGAAGGGACAAAGAAUGGGAGACCGAGGGCCAGGAGAUUCCGCAUUGGGAGCUCCCAGGCGAUCAGACCAAGCUCAUAGAGGAGGUUUCUCGCGUCUGUUCACGCACGAUCGUUGUCAUUCAGGCGGGAACGCCAGUCAAGAUGGAGCCGUGGAUCCACAAAGUUGAUUCUGUGCUCUACACUUGGUACCAAGGACAAGAGCUGGGGAAUGCGGCAGCAGAUGUCAUCUGUGGUGACUUCAAUCCUUCUGGCAGACUUCCGGUCACGUUUCCUCGCAGCAUUGAGCACGCUCCUGGAGUGGCCGCACCACAGGAACCCGGAGCCGAUACUUCAUGUCUUUACGCCGAGGGAAUUCAUGCCGGACACCGCUGGUGGGACUUUCUUGGCAUAUUGCCGCUCUUUCCACUCGGCUUUGGUCUUUCGUAUAGCGUCUUCGAAAUCUCUGAAGCGAAGCUUUCAGACCAAACAUGGGAGUUGGGAAACGCGGCCAAGGUCCUUUGUCGAGUGACCAAUCUCGGGGGAAAUGAGUUACCCGGGCGCCAUACUGUCCUCGCGUUCUUUUCUGCUACGUCUAACAAGAGAUUGAGUCGACCGAAGAAACAACUUUGCGGCUUCGACAAGACACCCGAAAUUGGAGCAGUGGAGUCCUGCUUUGUCGAGAUUCCGAUUGACCUGCAUGAGUUCGGAGCUUUUGACCCUGAAUCGAAGAAAUGGGUCAUCGACGCUAGAUCAACCUUCAAGAUUUUUGUCGGACCCAACGCAGCUGACUUGGUGCCAGUUGGGGAAGUCACAGUGGAUAAUGAGAUUUCAUGGGUUCACAAGAUGUGA